UCUCACUCCACCACAAAAACAGGAUACAUGCGGUUUGUUUAACUGAAAACUACGUUAUAAUUUAUUAUUGUAUAUUGUAAAUAUAGACAUUUCGGCACUUCAUUACCUAUCUGUAAAUAAACGCACGGUUUAAAUAACAGCAUAUAUGCAAACUGUGAACUAGAAUAACUUAAAGCGGAUAAUCUUAGGCAAAAUUAAGUAAGAAAGUGAAAAUGCAGGAGCCAUUAGAUGGUACAGGUGAGAGAAAGAAAGUUUCACUGGAUAAAAGAUGUUGUUAUUUUCUGGUAUUGUGCGUAAUUGUGUUAACCGUAGUAACAGGGGUAGUGGUUUGGUACCUAACAGACUCGGCGUGUAAUGGUGCUGAUGAUGGCGACCAGCAGCCUGCGACUGGUACCAAAUCUACAGAUUCCGUUCCGCAAACAACAGCAGUUCCGACAACUAUUGAUACAUCGGAACCAUGGAAAAAUCUUCGUCUACCGCGUUACAUAAUACCAGUGCACCAUGACAUUACAUUGUAUCCAAAUUUCUACGAAAACAACGGCUGGUUUUAUGGUAACGAGACUGUUGAAUUAAACAUCACACAGUCCACAAAUUACAUUCUUAUACAUGCAAACUUCCUAAACAUCACUAAGACUGCGCUGAGAUAUGCUAAUGGACAAGAUAUUCCUAUCAAACGUACAUUCUGGUACGGCGAAAAUCAGUUCUGGGUGAUUGAAGCAACAGCACCUGUGCAGGUUUCUCGUGCAUUCUUGGAACUACAGUUUGAUGGUUCGCUGACAAGAGAAAUUUUUGGAUUCUAUAAAAGUACAUAUGUUAACUCUAUAACAAAGGAAGAAAGGCACCUGGCAUCGUCCAAGUUCCAGCCAGUGGACGCAAGACGAGCGUUUCCAUGUUUUGACGAACCGAACAUCAAGGCCGAGUAUACGGUUACACUUGUGCACAGAGAUGGGUAUAUAGCCUUGUCAAACAUGCCCGAAACUAAUACAGAAGCCUGGGAACAUGAUUCUACCCUUAAAGCGACCCAUUUCAGACGUUCUGUUCCAAUGUCUACAUACCUCGUGUGUUUUGUCGUCUGCGAUUUCAAGAAUCUUACAGAUACUACAAAAUAUGGAACAAAGAUACGAGUGUUUGCUACCCCUGACCGCAUCGAGCAAGCCAGGUUCUCCAUGCGCGUCAUGAAGAUGUCCAUGGAAAAAUACCAAGAUCUGUUCAAAGUACCUUUUCCACUUCCUAAAAAUGAUAUGAUUGCUAUACCAAACUUUAUAUCUGGAGCUAUGGAACACUGGGGUUUGAUUGGCUACCGUGAAGUGAACAUGCUCUACGAUGCUACCCAAGCGUCGGCGGCCAACAAGCAGCGUGUCGCCGUCGUAGUCGGCCAUGAAAUCGCUCAUAUGUGGUUUGGAAACAUAGUGACAAUGGACUGGUGGGACGAUCUGUGGCUAAAUGAAGGCUUUGCAAGCUUUGUAGAAUACAUUGGUGUCGAUGUUACAGAACCUGACUGGGAAAUGAUGGAUCAGAUGAUUGUUGACGAUGUUAAACCUGUGAUGGUGACAGAUGCCGGUAUCAACUCACACCCUAUCGUGGUUCCUGUAAGCCAUCCGAACCAGAUCACUGAAGUCUUUGAUGCUAUCUCUUACAGCAAGGGAGCAGCGAUACUCCGAAUGUUACAAGAGAUGAUGGGAAGUGGUCCAUUCUUUGACGGUAUAUCAACGUAUCUGACCAAAUAUGAAUGGUCUACAGCUACUACAAAUGAUCUCUGGGAUGACCUGGGACAGGUACCGGCUGGGUAUAGUGUUAAAGAGGUUAUGGAUACGUGGACCCUGCAGAUGGGUCUACCUUACAUCAACAUAACGUAUGACAACAGCGGAACCAAAACACGUGUCACAGCAGCUCAGAACCGCUUCUUAGCGGAUAAAAAUAUGAAUUACGACGAAAAUGAAUCGCCUUUUAGGUACAGAUGGUACGUGCAGCUCGACUACCUAGACAACAGUGAAUAUAAAAUCAACUGGAUCACAAAAGAUGAAAGUUCAGUAACAUUUGAAGUGAACACUGACAUGAGCCAGGUAAACAGUUUGAUCAAAUUUAAUGUAAAUGACACGGGCUUCUACAGAGUAAAUUACCCCGACAGUGUUUGGCGGAGGAUAGCAAACGCUUUGGAAACACAAGGUCCAUCCGCUAUCCCAUACCCUGCCGACAGAACUGGCCUUGUUGACGAUGCCUUCAAUCUAGCCCGAGGCGGUUAUAUUGGUUACGACGUUGCCAUGGAAAUGACCAAAUAUUUGGACCAAGAACAGCAUCAUCUACCUUGGGACUCCGCCUACAGUGGUAUAACAUAUCUGAAAGAUAUGUUCAUGACAAGUGGAGAUUUUGACUAUUUGCGGAAAUACUUUGCAAAAAAAGUGCGACCAGUGUUAGAUCGACUAACAUGGGAAGAUGGGGAAUCUCAUCUUGAUAAAUUGAUGCGGUCCAAUAUAAUACAACUGGCCUGUGACUUCGUAGAUGACGAUUGCCUUAGCAAUGCCACACAGAAGUUCAGGAACUGGAUUGACAACGGUGAAUUCAUAUCACCUAACAUACGAACAUACGUGUACAAGUACGGAAUGAGUUCAGGGGGCACGGAGUCGGACUGGGAUUUUAUGUGGGACAAAUAUCUACAAGAAACUGUACCACAAGAAAAGAUCAAACUUUUAUACGGCCUUGCUAAUACCAAGCAUAUCUGGCUACUUAACAGGUAUUUGGAAUACAGCAAGGAUACUGAGAAGAUACGUUCCCAGGAUUUCUUCACGGUUAUCACGUACAUAUCUCGGAACCCUGUAGGCAACUCACUAGCCUGGGACUGGGUUAGAGCCAAUUAUGACUACUUAGUAAACAGAUUUUCGCUGUAUAACCGCUACCUAGGCAGACUGAUCCCUAACAUUAUUAGCAAAUAUAACACACAGUUCAAACUGCAAGAGGCCGAUGCAUUUUUCCGGAAGUACCCGGACGCGGGCGCGGGCUCCCGUGCGAGAGUUCAAGCAAGGGAGAGUAUUCAGAGAAACAUAGACUGGAUGGCAAAUAAUGCCAAUAGUAUCAAGAACUGGCUGAUGCAGCAACUGUGACAUAUAUACAUGUGAUCAAUAAAACAAGAACAGCAUAUUUCUAAUUAAUAAUAUAUCCAUUAUAGAAAUCUGGAUAAUUAUAUGUACAGUCAAUAAUGUUACUAUGGAUUUUUUUAUUUUAUUUUUUUUUUAUGUUUGGGACUGAAUUCUAGAGAGUAAACGACUUUGUGCGUGAGAGGAAGUUGAGCAUAUGUUUUGAGCGUAGACUCCCUGGUUGAACUGGUUUGCAAAUCUGGUACAUAUUUGGACGAGGUCAUCAUUCGCAGAUUGUGUCACAUGUUAAUCAACUUGUGUAUAUGAGUAUGUUGAACCAUCUGUGUGUACGUGCGUGCGUAUGUGUUAACACCCAUGUAUUAGGUCUGUGAUUUGUUGCCGUGUAAUCAGAAUUAAAAUGUCAGUUCUAUAGUA